AUGCAGCCCUUGCAUGCUACAGCAGGUGUACGGGUGAAAGAAAGCACCAGCAGCCCAGGGACUACUGCAGGGCCCAGCGACGCCGCCGAGCCGUCGUCCGGGCGCGGACUCUACAGCAUCGCCGCCCAUUAUGACAGCUCCUGCUGCGUCCUGCUCACCGGCGCCACCGGCUACAUAGGCUCCCUCGUCCUGGAGAAGCUGCUGCGCAGCACCACGGCCGGCAGGAUCUUCGUCCUGCUGCGCCCCCGCAGGGGCGUGGGGCCCCAGGAGCGCCUGGCCGCCCUGCUCGAUGGCCCCCUGUUCCACCUUGUCGGCCCGGAGCACGCGGCGCGCGUCACCGCGGUCGCUGGGGACAUCCUAGCGCCGAGGCUUGGGCUGUUUGAUGCUGACGAGGCGGCGCUGGUGGGCAGCGUCGACACCGUCGUCCACGCGGCCGCCAGUGAGUGGCUGGGGAGACUGCAGUGGGAGCCGUCACGCUGA